UCUCACUCUGUCUUUCACUCCCCGUGUCUCUCACUCUGUCUUUCACUCCCCGUGUCUCCUCCGUUUGUAACGUAUCCCUCGGGACCCCGGCUCCAACUCAAACCGCCAUAGUUGCCCUCGGCGCCUGAGUUAAAAUACCACGAGGACCCAAACAUAGUCGCCUAUGGCGCCUGAGUUAAAAUACCACGAGGACCCCGCGUAAUCGCCCUUGGCGCCUGAGAAAAAUAUCACGAGGACCCCAAAUAGUCGCCCUCUGCGCCUGAGUUAAAAUACCACGAGGACCCCGCGUGGUCGCCCUCGACGCCUGAGAAAAAGAAUCACGAGGACCCUACAUAGUCGCCCUCGGCGCCUGAGAAAAAGAAUCACGAGGACCCCACAUAGUCGCCCUCGGCGCCUGAGUUAAAAUACCACGAGGACUCUGCGUGGUCGCCUUCGACGCCUGAGUAAAAUACCACGAGGACCCCAUGUAGUAGUCCUCCGCGCCUAGGUAAAAGACCACGGAGGACCCCACGUAGUCGCCUUUGGCGCCUGUGUAAAACACGAGAACCCUAUACGUAGUCGUCCUCCGCGCCUGAGUAAAAUACCACGAGGACCCCACGUGGUUGUGUAGCGAAACAAUCGUUAUGAAGAUACUUCCUCGUGUAUAAAGGAAUUGAGAGGCUAUCUCAUACAGGAUGGUGCUGAAUGUGAACGUUAACAGCGCCACUGGACAGAGCCCCGCCCCCACACAGCGUAUUCUUGAUUCUUUCAGUAAAGUCACGUAGAUAUAAAAUUUAAAAAACGUAAAUAAUAAAAUGAAGACUUAAAGCUUUCGUGACUGCAGGAAUUCAUAUUCUUUGGGUCUUUCGGUAAAGCCACGUAGAUAGAAAGAAAUAUUACAAUUAAUAAAAUAAUAACAAUAUCACGAGGUUUCGGUCGCAACACACGUGGAGUGGAAUUGUUAGGCGCGAUCGCCACUCCUCAUAGCCGGUAGUACCGGCCCCGUGUCAACAGGGAGCGGAAGGAAGGCUGAGCCGGCGAGGUGGAUGAAGUGGGGCCGUUGGGCCAAGGUAAUCCCCGGGGAGCAUCAUAAUCAGGGGUGCGGACCACAAGAAGGGGGCUGGGGGAUGACGUCACACUCCAGGUCCCUCGGGAAGAUUCCAGAAGGAAGGUGUGGCUAGGGGCGGAGUGAGCUGAGACUGUAAAAAGCCGGGUCCCUGAACGGGCCCGGCAGUUGUUGUCCACUCGAAGACUCAAGAAGCCACCUGGAAGACCUGGAGCCGGGGACCGGACCCAAGGACCUUGGCUGGGUUGGGUCCGAGCAGCCCCGUGGAUAGGACCCGAGGACCUUGGCUGGGUCGGGUUAGGUUCGCCUCCCUAGGUCCCGCUAGCCGGAGGAACCUUAGCGGACAGCUUUCCCAGUGUGUAGGGCACGCUAGUGACGAUGACAUACCUCCUUAGGAUAGCGGGUGAAAGGGGCCAUAACCCCUCUGUGUUAAGCUGUAUCGUUAUUGAAUAAUAAACAUGUUGCCUCCAGAGAAGCCUCCUUCCAUUUGUACCCACUACAAUUGGUGACAGAAGUGGCCAUAUAUUAGUUAGCAUGGAAACAAGGAGGAAGAUACGCACCAGGGCUCAGGAUGAAGAAGAAGAUGGUGCAGCUGCCCCGGGGUUGACAACUCCGGCUGAAGGGGAUGAAGCGUUGCCGGCCGAGCUGCAGUCUGCCUGGUCACCUGGCGGGUCACCACAGUCGGGGAGAGCGCUUCGGGCGGCGGACUCCUGCCUCGCCGAACUCCUGCACACCGCGGCCUCCAUCCUCGAUGAGAUUCAUUGUGGGGAGCCGACAGCGGAGGAGGGCGGAGCGGGCCUGCAGGCGACUGCCGUUGCCGCCGCCGGUUCUGGAAUUCCCGCCCAAGAUUUCUAAUCUCCCGCCAAAGUUAGGGGGGUUUCCGCCGGAAGCCAAGAGCAUCAUGGGACAUGCGUCACUUCCGGUCGUGGUUCGCGCCAAUCAGCGAUCGCCGCGUCAUCAGCGGCGCAAGGGACCGCCAUCAUGGCACUUCCUGCCAAAAGUGAUGAAGAGCAUCUGCCCCGGGGAUGCGUGCCGGACAUCCACCAAUGCCUGCCCGUCAGUUCUCUGCGGCGGGAGGCGACUGGGCGGCCUUUCAGCGCUGCUUCCUCUCACAUCGCGAGAUGGCGGGGUGGACGGAGGAAGAGGUGCUACGGGCGCUCCCGGCCUCCCUGGAUGUCGAUGCCCUUUCUGCUCUCAUCACGAUUCCACAGGAGGAUCGAUCUACGCUGCAGCGGGCACUCCAACAAAUGGCCGACAUCUGUGGCCCACCAUCGGACACGCAACACCGGUACGCUGCUUGGAAGAAGGUCGUGUUGUUUCACCCCCAGAUGCCGCAGAAAUGAGUCCUCCAGGGCCAUCCACGCUGGCCGCUCCCGUCAACGAGCGCUCACCCGCCGGGCCGGAUGUCCCUCAGGCUGGGCCGGUCUCUGCCGACCCACCACCGAACCCUGCUGACUCGUAUGAUGGUCCUGCAACGCGCACCCACUCUAAGACUCCACGGUUUUCGUGACCCCCCCCCCCACAUUCUCACAUGCACCACACCGCGCACUUACCUUCACGUCCGCCGAAUUGUCUCGGUCGGUGGCCUUCCUUACCUGUCUUGCGGAUGGUCGGACAAGUUGUUGUUUCCUUGGCUUGCGCGUGUGCUGGGUGGGGUGACGUGUGCGGUCGCGCGGGCACCAUUUUUGUAUGUUUCUAUAUAGUGUAAUUUUGUACAGGUGGGCUGGGGUAUUUGUCGGGUUAUUCUUGAUGUUGUUGAUGUUGAGGCACACGUACUUUCGUUAUGUUAUUGCCAUGUUCUUGUGGGGAGAGUUGGCAGCCGGGACAGCUGGAUGCUACGAGGUGGGGGGGGGGGUAAUGUAGUGGCAUUGUUGGGCGCGAUCGCCACUACUCAUAGCCAGUAGUACCGGUUCCGUGUCAACAGGGGGCGGAAGGGAGUCUGAGCCGGCAAGGUAGAUGAAGUCGGGCCAUUGGGCCAAGGUAAUCCCCGGGGAGCAUCGUGACCAGGGGUGCGGACCCCAGACCCCAAGAAGGGGACUGGGGGGGAUGACGUCACACUCCAGGUCCCUCGGGAACAUUCCAGAAGGAAGGUGUGGCUAGGGGCGGAGUGAGCUGGGACUGUGUAUAAAAGCCGGACAUACCUCCUUAGGAUAUCGGGUAAAAGGGGCUGCAACCCCUUUGUGUUAAGCUGUUUCGUUAUUGAAUAAUAAACGUGUUGCCUCCA